AUGUAGAAGAUGGAGGAAAAAGUGGUGGAUUGGAAGAUAUUUCGAUUACAACAUGGACGAUAAGGAACAAUAAUUGCGAGUUAUUGUUAGACGCAAUAACAUUAAGGCAUUAUCAAUCCCUGACAUAUUUACAUAUACCGAUUGACAUUACUAUCAAAGAAGUUCAUGAGAAAUUAAAAGAUUUGUGUGAAUUAUGUAAAAAAUUGAAAUUUUUGAGAUUUGAUUCCACUGUACAAGUGAAGGAACACGAAAAUUAUUCAAAUGAUAUUCUACAGUUAUUAAAAAAAUAUAGUAGUUUAAAUAUUACAAAUUUUCAAUUAAUGGGAUGGUGGAGUUUAUCAGCCAAAGAUGUUGUUGAAUUUAUUGAUUAUAGAAAAUCUUUAAACUGUUGCUUUAAAUUAUAUAUUGAUGAUUUAGAAGAUCAUUAUCUACUUUUCCCUUAUAUUAUUUAUGGAAUAUUAAUUAAAUAA